CCAGCCUACGACGAUCCCAAUCAUAUUGUGAUGUUUGCCUACCCCAACGACUGCCGCAAGUACUACAUAUGCAUGAAUGGCCUGGCAUAUCUGAAUCAGUGUCCUGAUAACUAUUAUUGGAGCCAGCUGACCUAUCGCUGUGACUACAGGCAGUACUCCAGUUGUGGAACUACCGAUUUUCCAGAUAGUAGUCAGGCUGUUAGGUAUAGCGCAUAUCCGGGAGAUUGCACCCGCUACUAUGAGACGCGUACUCUACGCUGUCCCCACAACUAUCAUUGGAAUGAGCACUAUGAGCGCUGCGAUCUGCCACAAUUUGCGGGCUGUUCGGGAUACCCUGUAACCUUGCCACCAAGUAGCUCGCCUGCUCCUUUGGUGCCAACUGCUGCUACGGCGCCGCCUACAUCCCAGCCAAUAACGCAACCGGACUACAAUAAACCUUUCGACCCGGAAUAUCUCUGCAAAAAUUCUGUUAAUAUGCCAUAUCUGCCAUAUCCUGGAGAUUGCCAAAAGUUUAUCUACUGCGGCCCAACUCCAUCUGUGCUCACAUGUCCCACCGGCUUGUACUGGAAUCGCAAUACACAGUCUUGUGGCUCAACCAACCUGGGCUGUACGAUGUAG